CAUCUUCGUCGUCACUGACGUUCCGUCGGAUAUGGGUUACCUCGUUGCUCUCGGAUCUCAGUGGAUCUUAGCAGUGCCUCCCUUUGUCCUUUCAUUCGUGCUCCCAGAGAGCCCUGCCUACCUCGUUAGAAAGGGAAACAUCUCAGCAGCAACAAAAUCCCUCACUCGACUCUUCGGACCGAAAAACGACCCAGAGAAAUUACUACACAAGUUGCAAACAUCUAUCGAAGACGAAGAAAAGAAUGCAUCCAAGAUCUCCUACGCCGAAUGCUUCAACUCCCACAACCGCCGCCGAACCUGGAUCGUGAUAUACGCGAACCAACUCCCCAACUUCUUUGGCCUCCCACUCCUAUCAUCCGUAUCCUACUUCCUCCAACAAGUCGGCAUGAAGCCCUCCCAUAGCGUGAUCUUCCUGAUCGGCGGCAUCGUCCUCGGCCUCCUCUCAAACGCCGCAUCAACCUGGACGCUUUCCAACAUCGGCCGGCGCAAACUCACCAUCACGACGCUCCUCAUCGCGGGCGGCAUCUGGCUCGCCAUGGGGAUGAUCGGCAUAAAACGCAGCGCCAUAACCCCGUGGCUCACGGCAGCCUGCUCGACCCUCGUCGUCGUGACGUGCGGCCUCGGCGCCUGGCCCGCCUCCUACACCAUCAUGAGCGAAUCGUCCUCGCUGCGCCUGCGCGCAAAGUCCCAGGCCAUCGGCGGCAUCUCAAACUACAUCUCCACCGUCGCCGUCAACUUCGCGCUGCCGUACGUGUACAACCCCGACGCCGCGAACCUGGGCGCGAAGACGGGGUUUGUGUUCGCGGCGCUGUGUGCAGGAGGUGCGGUCCUGAUGUGGUGGCUUGUUCCGGAGAUGAGGGGGAGGAGCGUGGUGGAGAUUGAUAGGUUGUUUGAGCAAGGUGUUGGGGCGAGGGGGAGUAGUAGGUGGAAGGAUAGGAGUGGGGAGGUUGUUUUGGAGGAGGUUCGUGUGUGACUUUUCCAUGUAUCUAUGUAUACACAUUCAUCGAAGAGGCUGUGGUUGG